UCUCUGGUUAUAACAUGUUCUUCUCCAACGACCAAUUAGAUCUUUAACGGGACGUGGUCAGGUGUCAUGACCUUGAAGCCUCAACUCCAAUGCAAAGUAACAAUGAGGACUCGAAGGACUAUGGCCAUUCUCGGGGUGGGUUUGAUCCUCGCCUCCUGCGUCAUGAUCUAUUUAAUGAUGGAUCUGACCCUCCUCCCACCUGGACAGGGUCCUAAGCUAUCCAUGAGCAAUAAUCAGUGGCUCCAUUUCGAGAACAGACUGACAAAAUUGGAAAAGGAUUUUGACAAACAUCAUAAAGUGAUGAACGCUCUGCAGGAGCAAGCGGCAAAAAUCAACGACAACUUUGUACCUGCUGCGCAACCGGUCAGUCACUCUAAUCGCACCGACGGCAAGGUAUCGCCACGCUCGGGCAAGGGUCUCGCGUGUAAUUUUAACGUUCAAAAAGUCCCCGAGGUCGACGUACAAAUGCUGGAGUUGUACAAGCAGCUGGAGUUCGACAAUCCGGACGGCGGGGUUUGGAAGCAAGGCUGGAACAUUGUGUACGACGAGAAGCAAUGGCAUCCCAACCGAAAGCUCAAGGUCUUCGUCGUGCCCCAUUCGCACAACGAUCCCGGCUGGCUGAACACUUUUGAGAAAUAUUACAUGUUCCAAACGAGGAGCAUACUGAACAAUAUGGUGACCAAACUGGGCGAGGACAGAAGGCGCAAGUUUAUCUGGGCAGAAAUCUCCUUCUUCAAACUCUGGUGGGACGAGCAGUCGAAGGAGAUGAGGGACGAGGUGCGUCGUCUGAUACACGACGGGCAAUUGGAGAUUGUGUCGGGUGGAUGGGUAAUGCCGGACGAAGCCGUGUCCCACUGGGUCGCUCAGCUCACGCAACUGACCGAGGGCCAUCAGUGGCUCAAGUACAAUCUAGACUACACGCCCACCUCGGGAUGGGCCAUCGACCCCUUCGGUCUCUCCCCCACUAUGCCGUAUCUCCUCAAGGGCUCGGGCCUGGAGAACCUCUUGAUACAGCGGGUCCAUUAUUCGGUGAAGAAGAGACUGGCCAAGGACAAGAAUCUCGAGUUCCGCUGGAGGCAGUUGUGGGACAGCGACGGCUCGACCGAGCUGUUCACUCACGUCAUGCCGUUUUACAGCUACGACAUACCACACACGUGCGGCCCGGACCCGAAGGUCUGCUGCCAAUUUGACUUCUACAGAAUACAGAACUUCGGCCUCAGCUGCCCGUGGAAGGUCCCGCCGAAAACCAUAACUAGAGCGAACGUGGCGGAGAGAGCGUUGCUCCUGCUGGAUCAGUAUCGCAAGAAAGCGCAGCUGUUCAAGACCGACGUGGUGCUCGCGCCUCUAGGCGACGACUUUCGGUAUACGCACCUCACCGAGUGGGAGGCUCAGUACGACAAUUAUCAGAAGCUGUUCAACUACAUGAACGAGAAUCAGCAUUUGAACGUCCAGAUACAAUUUGGCACGUUGAGCGAUUACUUCGAGGCGGUCAGGGAGAAGCGCAAUUUCAAUCAAUUUCCCACUUUGUCCGGCGAUUUCUUAACAUACUCCGACCGGGAUGAUCAUUAUUGGAGCGGCUACUACACCUCUAGGCCUUUCCACAAGAGAUUGGAUCGUGUAUUGUUGGGCUCUUUGAGAGGAUCGGAAGCAUUAGCCGCCAUAGCUUGGGCCAGAGGCAACGAUCAAUUGGUAGAAGGCAGCCUCGCGUCACGUUUGAGCAAAGCCAGGAUGUGGCACUCUCUGUUUCAACAUCACGACGGAGUUACCGGAACCGCAAGGGACAACGUUGUCAUAGACUACGCCCAGAAGAUGAUAAUCGCGUUGAAUAACUCGGCUCAUGUACUCCAGCAAUCUAUAGCGCAUCUAUUGAGAACUCCCCAAGCAUUAUCCAUGGAUGUGGACGCUGUGUAUUUCUCACUGGACGAAACCAGGUCGCAUCACACGAGCGUAGGCGAGAAGCACGUCGUUAAUCUGGGAGAUGACAAGCCGUCGAGGAAAAUUAUCCUUUACAAUUCUCUCCCGAGGCAGAGGACAAAGGUACUGACUUUGCUCGUCUCGACGCCAUUCGUCCGAGUUACGGACCGACGAGGACAGGCCGUCAAGUGUCAGGUGUCUCCCGUUUGGAUUGGUCCAGCUGCGUUGUCCGCGGCCAGAUACCAGCUAUCGUUUUUAGUCACUGUACCAGGAUUCGGUAUUACUACGUACAUAGUUCACGCGCUGCACAAAGCAUCGUAUACGAAGGAGGUGUAUCUAGCUAAUGUCACCAUCUUCAACACUGACAUAAGCGUCCCGUCGAUACCCGGCUUCAGUCACUUGACCAUCUUGCCGCAUACGCAAGAAUUUUCAAUUUCCCAACGGCCGGAAUUGUCCGCCUCCUUCGGCAAGUCUGGCUUGUUGAAGGCUCUGCGAGUAGGCAAUACCAUGUUUCCGGUGCACCUGGACUUUGUGAAAUACGGCACUAGAGGCUCCGGCAAGGAUAAGAGCGGCGCUUAUUUGUUCCUGCCUGACAAGUCGGAACCAGACGUGGUGUUCAUGGACGGCAGGGCGAUCGUUCAUUUGGUAACCGGGCCAAUUGUAUCGAAAGUAUUCAUAGAAUUGCCACACGUGCGGCAUACGUGUACGCUGUUUAAUUCUCCGGGCAGCGAUGGGCUCGGAUUGCACAUAUUCAACGAGGUCGACAUAACGGAAACGCAAAACUACGAGCUUGCGAUGCGUUUCAAUACGGACAUUGCGUCCGGCGAUCAAUUUUUCACAGAUUUAAACGGGCUCAAUAUGAUCCGACGACAAAGAUUUCCCAAGCUUCCCACACAAGGCAACUAUUAUCCAAUGGCAGCAAGCGCAUAUAUAGAAGAUAAAAGAGUCAGGUUAACGAUCGCUACGGCACAGCCAUUGGGAGUGGCUUCUAUGGCAUCCGGUCAAUUCGAAAUUAUGCAAGACAGAAGAUUACUUCAGGAUGACAAUCGAGGAUUAGGGCAAGGCGUAAUGGACAAUCUGUUGACAAAUCAUAUGUUUACACUAAUUCUGGAAAAGAAGGAAGCGAAUUGCCCCUUUGCCGUACCAACGAAUCAUCCGGCCGGAUUAUUGUCCUUAAGCGGUCAUUUAGCCUCGGAAGAGUUGCUGCAUCCAGUCGUGACGUUACAUCCGCACAAUUCUCUGCCGUUCAAUCUACACGCUCACUUCUCGCCACUUCGCUACGAUCUUCCAGUAGACUUGAGUAUCGUCAGUCUCCGCGUGUUUCCUAUUCCCGAGGGCGCCGGCAAAGGUGUCGGUAUGGUGUUGUACCAGUCAGCUUUGGAUACUUGCUUCAACAAUUCUCUCCUGCGACACUUGAACGUUUCGGAAUCCGGCGAAGUAGACCUGACGAAGCUCCUGAACGAUAUGGAGGAUUGGACCAUAAGUAAAGCGCCCCUUACGUUCCACAACGUCGGGCCGUCACUGAAAUCGCCCGUUGUAAACUUGUGCCCGCAUCAAAUACUGCCGAUAUUAUUUCACAAGACGCAGUCCUAAUCGGAGAGAUGCGUAAUGUGGGGAGAUGUGUCCCAUUUAACCACAUAAAUUUUGUUUACUCAGGAUUAUGUAGUCCAAGUGCGCCGAGGCUGGUGGAUUCGAAUUGUCUAAUUUAUAUCUGGAACAGUGUCAAGUGUAUCAAAUUACUACCACUUUGCUUAAAAGUGCAUAUAGAUAUAUACCGACUGCAAAGUAUAUUAAAUUCAAAUAUAAUCGAACUAUAAUAACACAAGAAAUCUGACGUGUGUCUGAGACGUCAAUAAUUCUAGUUUCGUUCCAGGCAUAUUAGUAACGUGUAACGGUACUCUGUCAUAAUUACUUUUGCCGUCGAUUUGUGGAAUUUAUGUUUAUUUAUGAUUUAGAAGAGCGAUCCAUUUGUAUACCUUAUUUAUUUCACCUAGUAAUUUUAUAUAGUAAACAUUAGACUCGCGACGUUGAGAUUUUCAUGAUCUAGCGUUUCCAAUUGAAGCUGUGUGUAACAUCGACAAACAUUUGAGAACGGAUGGAUAAAUGAUGAUAGAUGAAGUAUUUUUGAAUAUAUAAUUCGUAUUGCGUGACAUUACAUUCUCAUCGCUCCAGUCGUCCUCUAUUUGAUAUCUCUAUUCGAUCUUGUAUAAUGAGAAAUGUAAUUCCUAUAUUUUAUGCAGAGAUGACCAUUCGGUGUCAGUCGAAGGAUGUUGUAGAAUAUCAUUAGGAUUUACGAUCGUGUGAGUUGCGGAUGAGUGAACUUGUACUAUUCUUAAUGUGCAUUUAACUCGGUAAAUGCGACUCAAACUUUCCGUCUACCGAGCGGAAUUAUAUUACACGCAAGAUAUAGAUUUUAAUAGUUGCAUUUAACUGAUUUAACGUAUCAAUGAGUUAAUAGAGCAAGUAUACGAGCGCGUAGGGGAAAAAAGUGUUGUAAUCGAAUGCUCUGAUACUAGUCAAUUACAGACUGUGUAAAAUAGUUUUGGUUACACAGCAAUUUUGUACACGUAUUACAUUGUACAUAGACACUACUGAAAUACACGAAACAACCCUA